AUGUCUGCCUCCCCGACCAUCGCAGCUUCUUCCUCCAAGCGCCCGCUUGAGGAUCCUUCAUCACCAACUGGUCGCAAUGACCAGCCUGAUGCCAAGCGCCCUGCGCUGGACAAGAUGGUGAAAGAUGAGCCCAGCACUGACGACAUCGACGUUGCGCUGCCAGUCGAGAGUGAAGUCAUUUCCAUCGAGGACAUCAAGCACGAGGAUGAAGUCAAGCUGGAGGAGGACAGCGCUGAUGCUGUUACUCAGAAUGGCACAGAGAAUAUCCAGGUCGACACCGUUGUACCUGACGCUCCCGCCAUUCUCGAGACCCAGCCAAUUCAGUCAACCUCUGGCGCGAAUGGCCGGCCUGCCAACCCCAACCAGCAAGUGGACGAGACGAAUUGGCUGCAUCUGCGCGCCUGCAUUGGCACCAGUGAAGCUGCAACUAUUAUUGGCAAGGGUGGUGAGAACGUGACUCAAAUUCGACGUCUUUCGGGGGCCAAGUGCACCGUCAGCGACUACUCGCGGGGCGCUGUCGAACGCAUUCUGACCGUAAGCGGCCAAGUUGAUGCUGUGUCCAAAGCAUUUGGCCUGAUUGUGCGCACACUCAACCAAGAGGACCUCGAGACCCCUUCCACCUCCACAUCAAAGGCUUACCCAAUGCGGUUGCUUAUUCCUCACAUCCUCAUUGGCUCCAUCAUUGGUAAAGCUGGAGUCCGUAUCCGUGAGAUCCAGGAGGCUUCCAAUGCAAAAUUGAACGCAUCUGACACCCUCCUUCCAAAUUCUGGCGAGCGUUCAUUGGUCGUUCUUGGUGUCGCUGAUGCUGUGCACAUUGCUGUGUACUAUGUAGCCCAAACCCUAGUCGAGCAGUUGACAGAGCGAUUCGGCGGACCAGCAGCCUCUCAAUACGCAACCCGCAGCGGCAUGGCUGCAAACGUCGUCCCAGGCGGCAUGUCUGUUCAACCGUACGUUCCUCAGCCUGCUGGAGGUCAGUAUUCGCACCCUACCAACUUUCGCCGACAAGAGCCUCCUCAACGCACUCCUGCUCACGGUGGAUAUGGAGCCCCACACAUGCACGGUCAGCCACCGCAAGCAGGACCCUAUGGUCAUCCCAGCAUGCCAUACGGAGCUGGCUCACCAGGUCGCGCCCACUAUGGUGGACCUCAAGGCGCACAGCCCGCUCCUUAUGGCGGCCAUCAUGCUGCAGCGCCUGUUGCACAUGGUGCCGCUCCAAAUCAAGCGCCCGUCGCCAUGCCUGGCCAGCCUCUGACACAGCAAAUUUUCAUUCCCAACGACAUGGUCGGUGCCAUCAUUGGCAAGGGUGGUGCGAAGAUCAACGAGAUCCGUCAGCUCAGUGGCAGUGUCAUCAAGAUCAACGAACCUACGGACAAUAGCAAUGAACGUCUGGUCACCAUCACCGGCACACAAGAGUGCAACCAAAUGGCAUUAUACAUGCUGUACUCGCGACUCGAAUCUGAGAAGCACCGUAUCUAG